GUCAAAGCAGCCCAGGCCAAAACCCCCGUCCCGAAAAUCCCCUUCUCGUUCCCCGUUCCUCUUCCAAAGUUCCAAUCCACCAGUCCGCCGCUAGGGUUUUUAUCUCGCAGCCGCAGAGAGCUCGAGAGGGUGAGAGAAAGCGAGAUGAGGCUCCUGACGCACAACUUCCUGGCGUCGAACAUGAAGGGCGUGAGCACCGGCUACCCGCUCGGGCUGGAGGUCGUCAAGUCGACCAUCAAGGAGGUGGAGCUCAACGCCGACUUCCUCCGCGGGAUCCUCCCCAAGCUCGACUGGCGCGCGCUCGCCGCCGCCACCUCCGCCGCCGGAUACCCGGACCUCCUCCCGGCGGAGCAGCCGUCCGAGGCCGAGUUCUUCGCCGAGGGCGCCGCGGAGUUCGAGGACAGCCCGAUCCGCCGCCUCCACCGCGCGCUCCUGGAGAUCCACAUCGACGAGGGCACCCUCGUCUGCCCCGAGAGCGGCCGCACCUUCCCCAUCCAGAAGGGCGUCCCCAACAUGAUCCUCCAUGAGGACGAGGUGCGGGCCUGACUCGCGAGCCGCGACGGCGGGCUGCUUUACUUGCUUGUUCGCUCGCUCGUGUCACCUACAGUUCUCCACCAUUCCAGGCUUGGACUUCUAGGAUUGGCUGUAUGAAUUGCUAUGAAGUACGAAAUGAUAAUCGUGAUUUCGUGAGCUCAUAACUAGAUAUAAAUACCAUCGUGAUGUUUUAGUCGGAAUUGUGCCUUUUGUUUUAGUAGUAAUUUUGGGGCUCUGAACCAACUGUUCUGUGGCGAACUGCUGUACUUUUUGCGACAUGUUAUUUGGUGCUCUAUGCUUUUAGAACAUGAUAGGUACUCAGGUAGUAGUGCAUUGCAUAGACAAUACCGCUGUAAUCUCAUCCAACUGUGAGCUCUCUUCAUUAUGGAAACGGUGUGCCAGGAAUGA